CGGGAUCCAAGACCCAAGCCCAGCCGUAGUCAGAGCCAUGAGAACCUGCGCACCGUGAUCAGCGCUGCCUGCCCCCUCACUGCUGCGCCUGCGUGUUGUGACCCGAGAGCUGUGCUGCACGGCCGCCGCUCAGCACUCAGCACGCAUUCGGCCGCCGGCCCUGCCAAGUUUGGUCGCAUUCACGACGGCUCGCGCCGCGGCUUCGUCCAGGCCGUCGACUCUCCAUCACCCCGUGCGAGCGCUGCAACCACUGCCGAGCCUGCGCGCGUUGAGCGACCGCCGUCCCCACCGCCGCCCAAGUCGCUCGCAGUCGGCCAUUCUCAGGGCGCCCGCUGCCCUUGCGCGCAGCCAUGUCGGCCCCAGCCCCAGCGUCGCCUGUCGUUCGUCGCCCACCGCACACCGACCGCCCGACCCGCUCGCAAAGCACCACCACGCGGCCCAGCGGGCCCCCGCAGCAGUUGAAAGACGUCGCCCGCCGCGACUACGAGCAGCCCAACGUGGCGGCUUACUCCCCGUCCCGCCACAGCGAAUCACGGGAAGCCCCCCCGCGCACCGAGCAGACCAGGCGCCAUUCGCGGUAUGCUUCAGACGCCUCGACAGCCAGCGCCAUGCCUACCAACGGUGUAGCCACCGACAAUGCCAGGGGCGGCCAGCCCGUGCCCGCAAAGCGCAGGACCACCAUCACCGCGCCCGCCACGGGCACCUGGGCCCUCGGCAAGACCAUCGGCGCGGGCAGCAUGGGCAAGGUGAAGCUGGCGAAGCACAACGAGAGUGGUGAGCAGGUGGCCGUCAAGAUAGUGCCUCGACUGUCCCAGGACCAGCACCAGAGCGCCGCCGACCGCGAGCGAGCCGACCACUCCAAGGAAGUCCGCACUGCGCGAGAGGCUGCUAUCGUCAGCCUGCUGAACCACCCCUAUAUCUGCGGCAUGCGGGACGUCGUCCGCACCAACUAUCACUGGUACAUGCUCUUCGAGUUUGUGAACGGCGGCCAGAUGCUCGACUACAUCAUCUCCCACGGCCGCCUCAAGGAGAAGCAGGCCCGCAAGUUUGCCCGUCAGAUCGCCAGCGCGCUGGACUACUGCCACAGGAACAGCAUCGUCCACCGUGACUUGAAGAUCGAGAACAUCCUCAUCAGCAAGACCGGAGAUAUCAAGAUCAUCGACUUCGGUCUAAGCAAUCUGUUCUCGCCGCGAAGCCAGUUGAAGACAUUCUGCGGCAGUCUGUACUUUGCCGCACCGGAGCUGCUGCAAGCAAAGCAGUACACCGGCCCUGAAGUAGACGUCUGGAGUUUCGGCAUCGUUCUCUACGUCCUGGUCUGCGGCAAAGUUCCGUUCGAUGACCAGAGCAUGCCGCAGCUGCACGCCAAGAUCAAGAAGGGAGUGGUCGAUUACCCUCCAUGGUUGUCUGCUGAAUGCCGACAGCUGAUCCACCGUAUGUUGCAGACCGAUCCCACGCAACGCAUGACGCUUUCUGAGAUCAUGAACCAUCCAUGGAUCACCAAAGGAUUCAACAGCCCACCGGAAAACUACCUGCCGCACCGUGAACCCCUGCAGCUUCCUCUUGACCCCGAGAUUGUUGAUAAGAUGACUGGCUUCGACUUUGGCACGGCUGAGUACAUCACAGCACAGCUGACUAAUGUCAUACAGUCCGACGAGUAUCAACGUACUGUACGACUUGCUGCGCGAAGGACUACAUCACAGACUCCGGAAGCCGAACGAAAGCGCGGCAUGUUUGACUUCUACAAGCGACGUAACUCGAUAUCGAGCCGAGAGCAGCUGACAGCCUCUUCCUCUGAAGAGGUAUCGCGGGGUCUUGACCCUGUCAAUGCUUAUAGUCCGCUCAUCUCAGUGUACUACCUCGUUAGAGAGAAGCGGGAUCGGGAACGAGCCGAAGAGAACGCGGGCACAGUACCAGGUGCUGUGACCAUGCCGCAAAGCCCCGGCGAACAGCCGUUGAAGCUGCCCGAUCUUCCUGCACCACCACCAGCAUACACAAAUGCUGCCGCCUACGAAAUGGCGGGCGAGAAACCAACCGGUGGCCGGUCACGACCCAGAGCAAGAACACACGGUGAGGACGAAGUGACAGAUAGCUUGAAGAGAGUGGACCUCAACAAGCCUCCUGGUUCUGUGUCACCAGCACUAUCCCCGCCGGUGGAGCAACCCAAACGGGAAGGCGCUGUUGGAGGAUUGCUACGACGCUUCAGCACCCGCAAGUAUCGUCAGGACAGAAGUCAGCAAGACAUACCGCCUACGCCACCUACACCAGCAGUCGCAAUUUCGAGUCCAUCGGAGCCGCCUCCACCUGUCCCUCAAGUUCCAGCCAAUGUUCCUAGAAAGAGCUUUAGCAUCCGCAGACCCCGGGAUAGGGAUACGGGGUCCUCGUCUCAAUUGCCUGCGAAUCAACCCGAGCUGUUGUCGCCUCCUGGCAGUACCAACAGCGCGACACGCAAGCUCAAAGCACUUGGACGAUCCACUAGCGUCAACUCUGCUGAUUUCCGUCGACGUCUGAGUAGACGCGGGAGGUCGACCGAAAACACGGGUGAUCGCGACCCUCCACAAACCAGUGGCUCUGACAGAUCGGACCUCAGCACCCAGCAGCCUCGACCGAGCUACGAUGCUGGAGCUGAUGAAAUCUCCGCAAGCCCUCGCAAGAACCAAACUUCUCGUGCGAAAUCUCUGGGUCACGCACGAAGGGAAAGCAUACAGGCUAGGCGAGCCAAACGAGAGCUUACCAGGGAGUCCAACGUGCCCGAAGAGACUGAUGCUGAGCUGGCUGAGUCUGCGGCUGAAGCUGAAGCAGAGGAAGCCAGAAGCCCGGACGCCGUGAAGCCCGUAUUCCUCAAGGGUCUUUUCAGUGUAUCGACUACCAGCAGCAAGCCGGUUACAUACAUACAGAACGAUCUGAUACGUGUGCUCCACCAGCUUGGAGUUACUUUCCAGCCUAUCAAAGGAGGCUUCAAAUGUCGACAUGCUGCCAGCGUCGACCAGAACAGGACUCCUGAUAUGCCCCUGUCUCCUCCCAGCGGCGGCCAUAAGCGGAAGAUCAGUUUCGGAGGGCUGAUGGGCGGCGAUCGUGAAAAGGAGCGGGAGGAGUUCAGAGACCAAAAUCGCGUCCCCAAUACACCAAAGUCACGAUCUCGACCUUCUCCAGCAGAUCACAGCUUCACUAACACCGACGAGUCUGAUGACAGCGACGAGAGAGACGAACGAAGACCACGGGCGGGUCGCGCACUGGCUGCUGGAGAGACAACUACACACGUGCAAAGCGACCUAGGCGACUUUUCGCCUCUUGUCUUCGAGGUUCUGAUUGUCAAAGUACCACUUCUGCAGCUACACGGCCUGCAGUUUAAGAAGGUGGACGGCGGAACCUGGCAGUAUAAGAGCAUGGCGCAGCGCAUUCUAGAGAAUCUGCGGUUGUAGUUGAUGGGCUCUGGGUACGGCGUUUUGGGUGGGGCUCUUCUAUUACUUAUACAUGAAGAAGGGCGGAGACAGUUUGUUAGUCGACAUAAUGUGUGGAUUGUGCAACAUCUGGGCCGUGGUAGAUGGAUUCGGAUCUGAUCGAUUUCAGCCGUGUUCGGCGUCGAGAUUCAUUGUUACAAGCUGUACAAACUUAAUUUCACCACUGAUCUGAGG